GAUCUUUCUGACGGACAUUUCGAAUUUCAAUAUAUUAUAUGUUUUCAUAUGAAAAUCUUGGACAAACAUUUUCUAUCAUGGAUAAAGAUCAAAUUUUUGUGUUAUCUGGACUUACGUUGUUUGCAUUAGGCAUUGGGGCGUUUAUAAUUUGGGGUCCUAACUCUUCUCCUGCAAGGCGAGGAGGUGUCAUUGGUCUUCAAAACCUGGGUUUGACCUGCUUCCUCAACACUUUGCUUCAAGCAAUGGCGUCAUGUGCAAUAUUUGUUGAGUGGCUAGAAAGUUGCCAUGGACAAGGCCCUGUGGCAUCUGCUCUCUAUUAUUUGCUUAAAGUUCUCAGCACCGAGCCAGCAAAGCUGCCUGAAGGUAUAGAGGAGCCCCUUGCUCCUAGUGGUUUCAUACAAGCACUGAGAGGCCACGGUUGGUCCAUUGGCUUUGGAGAGCAAGACGCUCAUGAGCUGUUCCACCUUAUUAUGGCAACAUUGGAGGAGGAGGCUCACAAAACAUCAGCUAAUGAGGGCAGUCUUACUGAUGCUUUAGAACCAAAACGAAGAAACUCAACUGGUGACGUGGAAGAGAGUCAUAAAUCAUCAGGAGACAAAGGUGAACCACAAUCUCUCCCCCCAGUCCUCAAGUUUUUAUCUUAUAGGCUUGUCAACAAACAAGGAGAGCCUAUAACAAGGAAAAUCCUACCCAAGUACGACAGCAACAAAAACUGUCAGGCCUCUCCCUUCUGUGGUCUGUUGACUAGUCAGCUGCAGUGUGUGGAUUGUGGAUUCAAGUCAGUCGUCCGUUAUGACAAGUUUGAUAGCCUGUCUCUGCAUCUACCAGAGAUGGGCAGUGGUUUUUUACAACCAAUCACACUAGCACAUCUGUUAGACCGGUUUACCCAGACUGAGUCUGUCAAUGGUGUUGUGUGUGAAGGAUGCAACAACAAUCGAGCUCCUGACCAGCCUCCCAUCACUACUACUUCUCUCAAGACACUGUCCAUUGGCAAGUUGCCAAGGUGCUUAUGCAUCCACAUUCACCGCAUCUCCAUGGACAAGCAUGGUUCUCCCUAUAAACGACCUGACUAUGUAGACUUUCCUGAGUAUCUCUGCAUGGAUCCGUACACUCAGAAUUCAAUAAUUAAAGAACAGAAGUUGAAAGAGGAUGUCAAACCAGAUGGGGAUGAAACUGCUGAAUGUUCCACGCCCAAAUCUUUACCUUGUAGGAUGGGAUCGUACAACCACAUAUACAGGGUGAAGGCUGUUGUGGUUCAUCGAGGUUCUGUGCACAACGGACACUUUGUGACGUAUCGCCGAGGGCCUCUACAGUCCAGCACUCGACACAGGUCUGACAGGUGGUACUUAACAUCAGAUGAAUCAGUGACUUCAGCUACAUUAGCAGGAGCUAUGGAGGCAAAUGCAUACAUGCUCUUCUAUGAAAAAUGUUCAAUGACUCCUACUUAAAUACAAGGAUUUACCAAUAGAGAGCAAUAGACUGUGAUGUAGACUUAAUUAGUAACUAAUGUUUGUCAUUUCAUAGUGGGUCAUAUAAUUAUUUUCUUAGUUUGGGCUUUGUUACUGUUUCAAAAUGCAGGGUGAUUAAAAAAGAAGUAAACAACUUAAUACGUAGCCUAUAUAAACUAAAAGUU